AUCGUUUUUCUACUGUGUGACUGUGAGAUCUGCAAUUUAUUUUUCUUGUGAAAAAAUUUUGUUAAAUUUUAAUUUAUAAUUGAUGCCGGGGAUAAAACGUAAGAUAUCGAAUAUCUAAGUGACUCUUUUUAAUAUUUUUCUUUUAUGAAAGCGGAAGACUUUUUGUCCGAAAAUGUCUAUACCGCCAUAUAUGAUUCCUCCCAAUGCUUGGGCGGCACAGUUGAUGGCUCAGCAGCAGGCACAGGCCUAUGCUGCGGCAGCUCAAGCCCAACAGGCCCACCUUCAUGCGCAUCAAAUGGCUAAUCAAAUACAGCAAAUACCACCACCGGGCGCUCCAUUACCACCUCCAACACAAGUGGGAAUGGCGCCUCAGGUCGGGCAGCCACAGCUUGGUCAAAUACCUACACCAAAGCCUGAGCUGACAGAAGAAAAGCUUCUUGAGAAAUCAAUGAAAUGGCAGCAACUACAAUCGAAACGUUUUGCAGAAAAACGCAAAUUUGGUUUUGUAGAUGCUCAGAAAGAGGAUAUGCCGCCAGAGCAUAUAAGAAAAAUUAUCAGAGAUCAUGGUGACAUGACAUCUCGAAAAUAUCGCCAUGAUAAACGUGUUUAUUUGGGAGCCUUAAAAUAUAUGCCACAUGCGGUAUUGAAACUUUUAGAGAACAUGCCAAUGCCUUGGGAACAAAUAAGAGACGUUCAAGUUCUCUAUCAUAUUACGGGUGCCAUUACUUUUGUUAACGAGAUCCCCUGGGUAAUAGAGCCGGUUUAUAUAGCCCAAUGGGGCACCAUGUGGAUUAUGAUGCGGCGUGAAAAACGUGAUCGACGACACUUCAAGCGCAUGCGAUUUCCUCCCUUUGAUGACGAAGAACCUCCUUUGGAUUAUGCUGAUAACGUGUUGGAUGUUGAACCUUUGGAGGCUAUACAAAUUGAAUUGGACUCAGAUGAAGAUGCUGCCGUUUGUAAAUGGUUUUACGAUCAUCGGCCUCUGGUUGGUACGCCCUAUGUAAAUGGGUCGACUUAUCGAAAAUGGAAUUUAACCCUACCGCAAUUGGCAACGUUAUAUCGCUUGGCAAACCAACUUCUUACGGAUUUGGUCGAUAGUAAUUUUUUCUAUCUCUUUGAUCCAAAGAGUUUCUUUACAGCCAAAGCUUUAAAUAUGGCAAUUCCAGGGGGUCCAAAAUUCGAACCUUUGAUAAAGGACCACAAUGUUGGUGACGAAGAUUGGAAUGAGUUUAACGAUAUCAACAAAGUAAUAAUUCGCCAACCAAUACGUACCGAAUACAGGAUUGCUUUUCCUUAUUUAUACAACAAUAUGCCUCAUUUCGUACAUCUUUCUUGGUACCAUACUCCCAAUGUAGUUUACAUAAAAACAGAAGAUCCUGAUCUGCCGGCCUUUUAUUUUGAUCCCCUUAUCAAUCCUAUAUCCCAUCGUCACGCCAAUGUAGUCAAAGUUGCAGAACCUCUGCCGGAUGAUGAUGAAGAUUUCUCCUUACCCGAAGAAGUACAGCCCUUCCUGCAGGAUACACCUUUAUACACAGACAACACAGCCAAUGGCAUUUCUCUACUGUGGGCACCAAGACCAUUUAAUUUACGUUCGGGCCGUUGUCGCAGAGCUAUUGAUAUUCCUCUGGUAAAAAGUUGGUACAAAGAGCAUUGUCCUCCCGGACAUCCAGUAAAAGUGCGUGUCAGUUAUCAAAAACUUCUAAAGUAUUACGUUUUGAAUGCUUUAAAGCACCGCAGACCGAAACCACAAAGAAAACGGUAUCUGUUUCGUUCAUUUAAAUCUACGAAAUUCUUUCAAACCACUACUUUGGACUGGGUUGAGGCUGGUCUUCAAGUGUGCCGUCAGGGUUAUAAUAUGCUGAACCUUUUGAUUCAUCGUAAGAAUCUGAAUUACCUUCAUUUGGAUUACAAUUUCAAUUUGAAGCCGGUGAAAACCUUAACCACCAAAGAGCGAAAGAAAAGUCGGUUUGGCAAUGCUUUUCACUUGUGCCGAGAAAUUCUACGCCUCACCAAACUUAUCAUUGAUUCACAUGUCCAGUAUCGUCUUAAUAACGUGGAUGCUUUCCAAUUGGCUGAUGGUUUGCAAUAUAUAUUUGCUCAUGUGGGACAACUGACGGGCAUGUAUCGUUACAAGUACAAGCUAAUGAGGCAAAUAAGAAUGUGCAAGGAUUUAAAGCAUUUGAUAUACUAUCGCUUUAAUACGGGUCCCGUAGGCAAAGGCCCAGGUUGUGGUUUUUGGGCCCCAGGAUGGCGUGUGUGGUUGUUCUUCAUGCGUGGCAUUACUCCUUUGCUAGAGCGUUGGUUGGGCAAUUUGCUUUCCCGACAGUUUGAAGGCCGCCAUUCAAAGGGCGUGGCCAAAACGGUUACAAAACAACGUGUUGAAUCCCACUUCGAUUUAGAAUUGCGAGCUUCUGUUAUGCAUGAUAUAGUGGACAUGAUGCCUGAGGGUAUUAAGCAAAAUAAGGCCAGAACAAUUUUGCAGCAUUUGUCUGAAGCUUGGCGUUGCUGGAAAGCCAAUAUUCCUUGGAAAGUUCCAGGUUUGCCUAUACCCAUAGAAAAUAUGAUAUUGCGAUAUGUUAAAAUGAAAGCUGACUGGUGGACCAAUACUGCCCAUUAUAAUCGUGAACGUAUAAGACGUGGUGCCACGGUCGAUAAAACUGUGUGUAAGAAGAAUUUGGGUCGAUUAACUCGCCUGUAUCUUAAGGCCGAGCAAGAACGCCAGCAUAAUUAUCUAAAAGAUGGUCCUUAUAUAUCACCCGAAGAGGCAGUGGCUAUUUACACAACUACCGUGCAUUGGCUUGAAUCAAGGAGAUUUGGUCCCAUACCAUUUCCCCCUCUGUCCUAUAAGCAUGACACUAAACUUUUAAUUUUGGCCCUGGAACGUCUUAAAGAAGCCUACAGUGUUAAAUCCCGCUUAAAUCAAAGCCAACGUGAAGAAUUGGGCCUGAUUGAACAGGCCUAUGAUAAUCCCCACGAAGCUCUGUCACGUAUUAAGAGACACUUGCUUACACAGCGCGCUUUCAAAGAGGUUGGCAUUGAGUUCAUGGAUCUCUACAGUCACUUAAUACCUGUCUACGAUGUGGAGCCUUUAGAAAAAAUCACAGACGCUUACCUAGAUCAAUAUCUUUGGUAUGAGGCAGACAAAAGAAGGCUGUUUCCGCCAUGGAUUAAACCUAGUGAUACAGAACCACCACCAUUAUUGGCCUAUAAGUGGUGUCAAGGAAUUAACAAUUUACAAGAUGUUUGGGAUGUCGGCGAGGGAGAAUGCAACGUUCUGCUGGAGUCCCGCUUUGAAAAGCUUUAUGAAAAAAUUGAUCUUACCCUACUCAAUCGUUUGCUGCGUCUCAUUGUGGAUCACAAUAUUGCAGAUUAUAUGACGGCAAAGAAUAAUGUGGUCAUCAAUUACAAAGACAUGAAUCACACAAACAGUUAUGGCAUUAUACGCGGCCUUCAAUUUUCAUCGUUUAUAACUCAAUACUAUGGAUUGGUGUUAGACCUGCUCGUUUUGGGUCUUCAUCGUGCUAGUGAAAUGGCUGGUCCACCACAAAUGCCAAACGAUUUCCUUACCUUUCAAGAUACACCCACAGAGACGGCUCAUCCCAUUCGUUUGUAUUGUCGUUAUGUUGAUCGCAUACACUUAUUCUUUAGAUUCACAGCUGAGGAAGCUAGGGAUUUAAUACAGCGUUAUCUGACCGAACAUCCCGAUCCAAACAACGAGAACAUUGUUGGCUAUAACAACAAAAAAUGUUGGCCCAGAGAUGCUCGCAUGCGCUUAAUGAAGCACGAUGUAAACUUAGGUCGUGCUGUCUUUUGGGACAUUAAAAAUCGUCUUCCACGCUCUGUAACUACAAUCAAUUGGGAAAAUACAUUUGUUUCAGUAUACUCCAAGGAUAAUCCGAAUCUGUUGUUCAAUAUGUGCGGUUUUGAAUGCAGAAUAUUGCCCAAGUGUCGCACUCAAAACGAGGAAUUCACUCACCGUGAUGGUGUUUGGAAUUUACAAAAUGAGGUCACUAAAGAACGUACAGCCCAAUGUUUUCUGCGUGUAGAUGAUGAGUCUCUGGGACGUUUCCACAAUCGUGUUAGACAAAUUUUAAUGGCAUCAGGUUCUACAACCUUUACUAAGAUUGUCAACAAGUGGAACACCGCAUUGAUCGGCCUUAUGACAUAUUUCCGGGAGGCUGUUGUCAAUACGCAGGAAUUAUUGGAUUUGUUGGUGAAAUGUGAAAAUAAAAUACAAACACGUAUAAAGAUUGGUUUGAACUCUAAAAUGCCUUCGCGUUUUCCACCUGUCGUGUUCUAUACACCCAAAGAAUUAGGUGGACUUGGAAUGUUGAGUAUGGGUCACGUUUUAAUACCUCAAUCGGAUUUACGUUGGUCCAAGCAGACCGAUGUGGGCAUUACUCAUUUCAGAUCGGGUAUGUCCCAUGACGAAGAUCAACUUAUUCCCAAUCUCUAUCGAUACAUUCAGCCUUGGGAGAGUGAAUUUAUCGACUCGCAACGUGUCUGGGCCGAAUAUGCCUUGAAACGUCAAGAGGCUAGUACACAAAAUAGACGUUUGACUUUGGAGGACUUGGAAGACAGCUGGGAUCGUGGCAUUCCCCGUAUCAAUACGCUGUUCCAGAAGGAUCGUCAUACAUUGGCCUAUGAUAAAGGUUGGCGCAUACGCACAGAAUUUAAACAGUAUCAGGUGCUUAAGCAAAAUCCCUUCUGGUGGACUCAUCAAAGGCACGAUGGUAAAUUGUGGAAUUUAAAUAAUUAUCGUACAGACAUGAUACAGGCUCUGGGAGGUGUCGAGGGUAUACUUGAGCAUACACUCUUCAAGGGUACAUAUUUCCCCACCUGGGAAGGUCUGUUCUGGGAGAAAGCUUCUGGGUUCGAAGAGUCCAUGAAAUAUAAGAAGUUGACAAAUGCCCAAAGAUCUGGUUUGAAUCAAAUUCCCAAUCGUCGUUUUACUUUGUGGUGGUCACCUACUAUAAACAGAGCCAAUGUGUAUGUCGGUUUCCAGGUGCAAUUGGAUUUAACGGGUAUCUUCAUGCACGGUAAGAUUCCCACGCUGAAAAUUUCAUUAAUUCAAAUCUUCAGAGCCCAUUUAUGGCAAAAAAUACAUGAAUCGAUUGUAAUGGAUUUGUGUCAAGUCUUUGAUCAGGAGCUGGAUGCCCUGGAAAUAGAAACAGUGCAAAAAGAAACUAUUCAUCCGCGUAAAUCAUAUAAAAUGAAUUCAUCGUGUGCCGAUAUUUUACUUUUCCCCGCUUACAAAUGGAAUGUCUCGAGACCCUCGUUGCUGGCCGACACUAAGGACACAAUGGAUAAUACAACUACACAGAAAUAUUGGCUAGAUAUUCAAUUGCGUUGGGGUGACUACGAUUCUCAUGAUGUUGAACGUUAUGCUAGAGCAAAGUUCUUAGAUUAUACUACCGACAACAUGUCUAUUUAUCCAUCACCAACCGGUGUCCUCAUUUCGAUUGAUUUGGCAUAUAAUCUUCAUUCUGCCUAUGGCAAUUGGUUUCCUGGAAGCAAGACUUUGAUUCAACAGGCCAUGGCAAAAAUUAUGAAAGCCAAUCCCGCGUUGUAUGUGUUGAGAGAACGCAUACGAAAAGCCUUGCAAUUGUAUUCUUCGGAGCCCACGGAACCCUAUCUAAGCUCCCAAAAUUAUGGUGAGCUGUUCUCAAAUCAAAUUAUCUGGUUCGUGGAUGACACAAAUGUGUAUCGUGUCACCAUUCACAAGACAUUCGAGGGUAAUUUAACAACAAAGCCCAUAAACGGUGCAAUCUUUAUAUUUAACCCUCGAACUGGUCAGCUCUUCUUGAAGAUCAUUCACACCUCAGUAUGGGCGGGACAAAAGCGUCUGGGUCAAUUGGCCAAAUGGAAGACGGCAGAAGAAGUUGCUGCUUUGAUUCGAUCUCUUCCGGUGGAAGAACAGCCAAAGCAGAUUAUUGUGACGCGCAAGGGUAUGUUGGAUCCUUUGGAAGUGCAUUUAUUAGAUUUUCCAAACAUCGUCAUUAAGGGUUCCGAGCUACAGUUGCCUUUCCAAGCUUGCUUAAAAGUUGAAAAGUUUGGUGAUUUGAUCCUGAAGGCCACUGAACCACAAAUGGUUCUCUUCAAUCUAUACGACGAUUGGUUGAAGACCAUAUCUUCUUACACCGCUUUCAGCCGUUUGAUAUUGAUUCUUAGAGCACUCCAUGUCAAUACGGAGAGAACGAAGAUUAUUUUGAAACCAGAUAAGACCACCAUUACCGAAGCCCAUCACAUUUGGCCUACUUUAACUGACGAAGAAUGGAUUAAAGUGGAAGUACAACUCAAGGAUUUAAUCCUUGCUGACUAUGGUAAAAAGAACAACGUGAAUGUGGCCUCUUUGACGCAAUCGGAAAUUCGUGACAUUAUUUUGGGUAUGGAAAUAAGUGCUCCGUCCGCUCAAAGACAACAGAUUGCCGAAAUUGAGAAACAAACUAAGGAACAAAAUCAAUUGACUGCUACCACUACAAGGACAACGAAUAAACAUGGCGAUGAAAUCAUCACCUCCACAACAUCAAAUUAUGAAACGCAAACGUUUAGCUCUAAGACCGAAUGGCGUGUUAGGGCCAUCUCCGCUACGAAUCUGCACCUGAGAACUAAUCACAUCUAUGUGUCCUCCGACGACAUUAAGGAAACCGGAUACACAUAUAUUCUGCCCAAGAAUAUUCUGAAAAAAUUCGUCACAAUAUCUGAUUUGAGAGCUCAAAUUGCUGGCUAUUUAUAUGGUGUGAGUCCGCCAGAUAACCCCCAGGUCAAGGAAAUACGAUGUAUUGUGAUGCCCCCGCAGUGGGGAACCCAUCAAACUAUUAAUUUACCCAACAGCCUGCCCACACAUCAGUAUCUCAAAGAUAUGGAACCUCUGGGAUGGAUUCAUACACAGCCGAAUGAAUUGCCUCAACUAUCGCCUCAGGAUAUUACCACUCACGCUAAAGUGAUGCAAGAGAAUUCCACAUGGGAUGGGGAGAAGACAAUAAUUAUCACGUGCUCCUUCACGCCUGGUUCUUGCUCCCUAACCGCGUAUAAGUUGACACCGUCCGGCUUUGAAUGGGGCUCGAAAAACACAGACAAAGGCAAUAAUCCCAAAGGUUACCUACCAUCCCACUAUGAGAGAGUACAAAUGCUGCUGUCUAACAAAUUCCUCGGCUUUUUUAUGGUUCCCGCCCAGGGUAGUUGGAAUUAUAACUUUAUGGGCGUACGGCAUGAUCCCAAUAUGAAAUAUGAACUUCAACUGGCGAAUCCCAAGGAAUUUUAUCAUGAAAUUCAUAGGCCAUCCCACUUCUUACUAUUUGCCAAUUUGGAAGAUGGCGGUGAUGGUUCCGGAGCAGAUCGUGAAGAUGUAUAUGCGUAAUUUCUGGUCGAACAUUUUUUUAGAAACAACAGAUAUACAAAUGUAGCUCGUAGCGCUUAAGAGUUUAGUAUCUAAACUAGUUUUUAUCACUUAUGUUUUAAAAAAAUUACAAGAAAUGUUUUAUUUUGAAAAGAAUAAAAGACUUUGAGUGAAUGAUAAUUCAAUAAAAAACUGAA